UCCGAUCAUAUCCGGCACGACUUUGAAACCAUAUUUGAUCCAUUGACAGGCAGAUCCACUCAGCGACAGCGAAGGAUUUCAGAAACGGGCCGAUCGUCUUUGGAUCUUCGGAAGCUGAUGAACGACCCGACGAGCAGGGAUCGCCGUGCCUCGCCAAGGAGUCGGUCUGGUUCUCGUAUACGCGAGAGUUCUCGUCCUCCUAGUCGACAGUAUGCUGACGGAGGCGGCCCGGAUUCGUCAGUGGAUGUCCAUGACCUGUUUAUGGAUAUGGGGGAGCAGUAUCAGGAGCAACCUGGUGAAACUCUGGAACGCGCUAUCAUUGAGCGAGAGACCGUCAACUUUUUGGAAUACGUGCGCUCGAUCUUGAGGGAUGCCAAGACCAAUUCGCUCAUGUUCUCGGAGGUGACUGCUGCCCAUCGACGGCGCGAUGUUGCUGCUGCUGCGUUCUACCAUAUUUUGACACUCUCGACAAUGGGGAGGAUGCGCCCAACACAAGCGGCGCCUUAUGGAGAUGUUUGUAUCGAGUUGGUGGAAUAAUCUGUACACAUGCCAACACUUUGCAUGUAGCGUCCUCCUCGCAUUUUCGCUCACGCAAAAUUUCCAUCUCGCACAGGCGGGAAUGAGGUGUGCGGCCUCGACCCAAUGCCAUGCUUUGAUAACGGAUAUCUUGGAUUGCUCGGCGCAGGGAUAUUUAUCAGCACGGCAGAUCCAUUGGACAAUUAUUUUUUUUUCGCUCAAUUCGUGUCUUUGUUUUCGCCUACUGGUCUAUCUCAAGGAGCCUCAGAUCGUUUUCGCUUGAGACCUUUCCCC